CUUCAUCUUAGACUAUGUACGUUUCAGAAAAAUAACCCCAAGAACAACGAAUCCAUACUACGGCGGCAGGAAAAGAUUUAUAUGCGUAAAUAGUUAAUUCUCUUGCUUUCUAAACACUUUUCACUAUGCAUUUAAACUAAAAAUCAAAGAGUUUCUCGAAUUACGUAGCGCAAACACUGCUCAUCCAUUCAUCAAACUUCAAGCUUUUCAUUUUGAAUUGUUUUUAAUGAAGUAUUUUUAUAUAAACAAAAUCCGAUCUACUCAUAAAUUCAUAAAACAUAUGUGAGAGUUGCUCAAAUCGCUUAUCCUUACUUUAACUACUUUUAGCAAGUAAACGGAUAGCUACGCCCGAUGGACAUACUCAGGAAAUCUGUAAUCUUGUGGAAGUAUGUGAAUUUUGAAUAUAGACAAUUUUUUUAUAUUUCUAAUGUUGCCUGAGGGCUUCUCCCAUCGGCCUCUAUACCUAGAACAAAAGAGUGAAUUCAAUAAGCAGAAACGUAGGGUUCCCGUCGGCAUACGAAAACGAGUACGACAUGCUUGUUUAGGCUGUCGGUCAAAAAAAGUUCGCUGUACAGGCAAGGAGCCGUGCUAUUCUUGUGAAGUUUUGGGGAUUCAGUGCGUUUAUGAGGUUGCCGAAAAGCAAAGGUCUCUUCCGUCCAAGCAAUUCGUUGCAGAAUUAAAGAAACGACAAAAAUGUUUUGAAUUUUUAUUCGAGCAUAUCUGCCCUUCAGUCCCUCAAUGUACGCGGUCCUUGGUCCAACUAUGUAAUAAUAUAGAGUUUCAUAUGAAACAAGGAAUGUCAGUUGCUUCUUUGGUUAAGCCUGCAAUUGUAGAUGAAAGUCUUUAUAAUCCUACUUUGAAUCCUAAUGAAGAGACUACAGAGAAGUCCACGAAUCAAUUACAAAUGAAAGAUCUCUUUGAUUGUAGAGAGCAUGCUCGGUGUUCUUCGUACAAAAAGUCUUCCAUCUUAGAACCUUUGGCAAACUCAACUGAACAUUCUAUUAGUUUCCUACCCACUGAGCGCCUCUCUCAUGAUUUGUUAGGACCACUUCUCAUUGGACCAACUUCAUCUUCAAUUCUUUUGGAUGAAGUAGUUUCGUCCUUGAAUAUUUUGAAAUGUUCAUCUUCUUAUCUAGGUUUUGACCCACUGCCGCUUUCCAUGCAAUUUUCGGAAGCUUCAGAUUCUUCUCUACCGAAGUCUGUUGAAAACGACUUGGUCCCAUUAGGACAAUCUUCUAAGCAUAAAUCCUCAGAAAUAACCUCAAAAUGUCUGGAAUCACUAUCUCUUUUAGCUUGUCAUAUGCUACCUUCUCUAUCAACUGCAAAACAGCUCUCUGAUAUAUAUUUUAGUCGUUUUCAAUGCAUCCUACAAUUUUAUCCAGCUUCGUUGUUUUACAAACGCUACCAAAUCUUUCAUGAUUUUCCGAAAUCGCCAAACAACUUGGACAUUAGCUUUCUUAUUGUAUCAAUGAGCAUUAUGGCUCUUGGCAGUAUGAGCGCGAAUAACGAUAGGAUCCAUAUAGAAGAACCUAUUGAAGAUAUAUCUGGACUUUUCAGUAUUAGUGAGAAAUUACUCUUUUCUCUUCUGCAAAAUUAUAGUGUCUCCACGGUGCAAGCGGUAGCUUUUGUUGCAUUUCAGUGUCUUAUGACAGACAGAAUCAGGGAAGCUUUCUCUUAUGUAGGAUUAGCCUUGCAUAUAGCUCGAAUCAUUGGGCUUGAAGUAUCUGGCUCUACCGAGAUCACUGGUGACUCAGUUACUCCGGAGAUUCAUACAAGAUUAGUAUGGUCUCUUCGCGUACUCUCUUCUAUAUUGUUUCUCCAGAAGGGGAUUACCCCUAUAGUUAAUUUGUUUUCAGCAAAUGAUUUUUGUUUUACAACGCUGCCAAAAACAAUGCCUGAGUUGGAGAUUCCUUUUAUUCCAUCCACAAUCUCGCAUUUUACGUCUACAAUCAAACUCUUCUCAACUGCAGUACCUUCACUGCUAUCUAUAUAUAAUUUAAUGGGACAUUGCAUCGAUCAAAAACAAGAUUAUACGUCUCUUUUGUCCAAGGUUAAAGAAGCGUCUCAAAGGUUUAAACAAUGGAAGGCGGAACUCCCGUUUCAACUAGAACAUGGGAAUUACGACCAAUCGAGUCCUUUAUUUCACGGGAGUGUUUUCUUGCUUCUUUUGUAUCAUCAUGUUAACCUUCUACUUUUUGGACCAAUAUUUUUAUAUUAUUUGCGCUUGAAUUCUAAUAGCCUUUCUUUGCAGUCGCCAUCAAUUCCGGUGUCUGUGUCCGUAACCCCAGAGACAAAUUCUUGUAUAGACUCUGUACAGUCAAUUUUAUCGCUCAUUUCAUUCUUGCAAGAGAAUGGUGGCUUAAAUACUUUUUCAUCUCUCGAAUUUGAAGUUGUGUAUACGGCAGCAUCGAUAUGUCUAUUAUUUGUCGUAACAAAAUUUACUGAUGACAGGCAUCUAUCAGACUGUAUUCGCCUUUUAAAAGCCAUGGUAUCUGUAUCUAUUGAUUCCCAAAGGAAAUUGCAAAAAUUAGAAGCUAUAGUGUCUCAAUAUAAAAACAAAUCUAAAACCGCACAUCAGAAAACAAGCUUUGUUGAUGCUGAAGCUUCGUCUGAACUUUCUCAAGUGCAAGAAGGAUAUCUUGCAUGGAAAACCUGGAUACAGCAGCUUUCCAAGGACACAGAUUUACCUGUUGGUCAUUCAUUGAACUCUAAGUCCAAGUCUAAAUCUUUCGAGAUGGAUUCACACCUCAAUCAUGAAAAAUUCCAAUCGCAGGCUGAAUGUACUACAAGUUCAUAUCAUCCCUUUCUUUCAUGGCAUGAAGCAUUGCUUAACAUGGAUAUAGAGUCGAAUAAUCUAAACUAGGGUAUGUGAUUGGCAUUGGGACUUUUUUAAUUUGUAUGUUCUUUGUUACAAAAUUCAUUUUUCUAUUUAUUUUAUAUAAUUAAUUGUUUUACAUAAUAUAAACGAAACCUUCUAAUGAGCUUAAUGUUCCAAUAUUUGGGUUUCUGUCCAGCCUUAUCUGUAAACAACCUACCUGUUUACUACAACAACACGAAGA